AUGACCGGUCCUUGCUCCCGGCUUCUUCCUCAUUCACCAUCCGCCCCUCGCAUCACGUCUCCUGAAUCCCACCCAUCCACACCCCGCCUUCCGUCCUCCGUCAUCCCACCCCGCUUUCCACAUAAGGUGCUGGACAGAAAUGGGAGACCCUCAGGGGCCCGGCCGCGAGAAAGGGAAAGAGCCCAGGGGAAGCCCGAUGAAGCAGCCCGCGGUCAGCGAGACGUGGCGGACACGCGGCCCCGCGACCUCCACGUCGGGCUCUGUCCCCUAGUGCGGAAGAAGCCUCUCACUGCCCCCGGCACCCGCCUUCCCCAAGACCCGGCCCGCGCGAGAGCCCGCAGGCACCUCGCGUUGUCGCCGCCGCUCCCCCUCCCAGCGGCGCGCACCCGCAAAUACCCCGCGCGCCCGCUCACCGGCCCCGCCACGCCGUCAUCGCCGCGCGCACUUCCCGGCGGCAGGCGAGGGGACGUCACUGACGCGCGCCGAUCAACGGCGAAUGGGAAGUCACAGCAGGGCGAUGUCAUCAUCAUGGCACCUGCAUCACUGAUUCUUUUGGGGGCCACAGUGAUACUGCAAGUAGACUUACUUCCUGAUAAAAAAUUUUUACUUCUCCCACCUGUCAAUUUCACCAUUAAAGCUAUCAAUUUAGCUCAAGUUCUUUUACGCUGGGAACCAAAUACUGAUCAAGAACAAAGAAAUGUCCAGCUAGGGUAUCACGUGAAAAUAAAUGCUCCACAAGAAGAAGAUUACGAAACCAGGAACACUGAGAGCAGACGCGUAACCAUCCUUCAUAAAGGCUUUUCAGCAAGUGUGCAGACGGUCCCAUGGAACGACCGCUCCCUCCAGCCAAGCAGCUGGGUUUCCGCGGAACUUAGAGCCCCACCAGGGUCUCCUGGAACCUCAAUUGUGAAUUUAACUUGCACCACGAACACCAAGGCAAAUAAUUACACACACUUACGGCCGUACCAAGUUUCUCUUCACUGCACCUGGCUUGUUGGCAAGGAUGCCCCUGAGGAUACGCAGUAUUUUCUCUACUAUAGGUAUGGCUCUUGGACUGAAGAAUGCCAAGAAUACAGCAAAGACACCUUGCAGAGAAAUAUCGCCUGCUGGUUUCCCAGGACUUUUAUCAACAGCAAAGGGCGCGACUCACUUGCAGUGUAUGUUAACGGCUCAAGCGAGGAAGCUGUGAUCAAGCCUUUCGAUGAGCUCUUUGCCCUUCAUGCCAUUGAUCGAGUAAAUCCUCCAGCAAAAGUCACAGCAGAGAUUGAAGGAACCUGUCUCUCUAUCCAAUGGGAGAAACCAGUUUCUGCUUUUCCGGUCCAUUGCUUUGAUUACGAAGUGAAAAUUUACAACAGAAGGAAAGGGUAUUUUCAGACAGAAAAAAUGACGACCAAUACAUUCAUCUCCGUAAUUGAUGGUAUUUCUGAGUAUUCCAUUCAAGUGAGAGCAGCAGUGAGCUCUGUGUGCAGAGCGGUGGGACCCUCCAGUGAGUGGAGUCAGCCUAUUUAUGUGGGAAACAAUGAGCAGAAGCCCUGGACAAAAUGGUUCCUUAUUGCAGUUAUGGCAACCGUCUGCUUUAUCUUGUUAAUUUUCUCACUCAUCUGCAGAAUAUGCCACUUAUGGACCAAGGUGUUUCCACCUGUUCCGGCACCAAAGAGUAAUAUUAAAGAAUUCUUUGUAACCAUCAACUAUGAGAAAACUGGUUCCAGUGAAACACAAAUUGAAGUCAUAAGCUAUGCGGAGGAGGCUGGAUCUGAGACCCUGGAGGACUCCGUGUUUUGA